ACCCCAAAUUUUAACCUAAAAUUUUAUUCUAUUUCUAUUUUAAUAAUAUUGCAAUUUUUAAGUCACAACAGCGAAGAAUUCAAUUUUAAAAUGUCAUUAUUUAGAAUUAUGUGGUUACGAAGAUUCAUAAGAAAUAAUACUACACCUAUUGCAGUUGACAGAGCUGCUUUGUGGAAAAAGAGGCUUUCGGUAGCUUAUAUGUUAAUAACCUGGAAUGCUUUUGGUAUGGUUUGUUACAUGAUUUAUCAAGGCAAAGGUGACUGGGCUAAAUUUUAUGGUGUAAAAUCAGAAGAAGAGGCAAAUAUGAGCCCAGGUAAACAAUGGGCUAAAACAUUAGGCAUAAAAAAUGCAACUAUUUAUAGAGUAUCUGGUUUCGAAGUAUCACGUGAAGAAGUUGAUACAGAAAAUGAGAAGAAACAAACCGAUAAUAUCAGUACAUUAAAAUAAAUUAAAACAAUCACAAUUC